AUGCUUAACCAUUGGAAGGAUUUCUACUAUGGCCUCAUAGGGAUAGGGACACCUUCAAAGGAAUUCAGAUUACUCUUUGAUACGGGUUCAACGGUCCUGUGGGUUCAUAAUCGGAAUGCUCAGCAUGAUUUGCGGCCGUUUAAGAAUAUAUUUGACCCAAAGCGAUCGUCGAGCUUUGUGGACGAUAAAACAGGAUUUACAGCAAUAUAUUCCAAUUUCGCAGUUCGUGGUUUUGUCGGAACAGAUAUUUUCAAGCUUGGAGAUCAAUCAUUUAAAGGAAAAUUCAGCCCAGUCCUUCUUUUCAGAGGUGAACCAAGACAGUAUGACUGGAUUGACGGAAUUCUUGGCCUAGGGCGUCGACAGGCUUACCCGGCGUUCAGAACAACGUUCUUAGACCAGCUGCUUGAACAAGGUUUGAUUUCUCGUCGUACUUUCGCAUUUGUGUUCUGCAAACACCCACUAAAAACAGGCGCUGUCAUUUUCGGAGAAAUCACAAAGGACCACAUUCCCGGUGAAGUGAAGUAUGUGAAACCCUCGAAAACCGAGACGUUUCCGAACCACUGGGUCAUUCCAAUCGAUUGGUCUAAUCAUACCGGGCUUUUUGUAUUGCCAUCACUGUUUGAUGCUCAUGUCAAACAUGGGUGGACGUAUGGGAGCACGCAAAUAAAUAUAACAGAGCGUCAGCGAAAUACACUCAUUUGCAAACUAAUUUGGUUUUUCAAGAGACUCACCUGGAACCCAGCUGAAUCUCUCGGUUGUGAUGUAUCCAGGCAGAACAGAGCUUCAGCUAUCCACACGUACAGCGGAGCAUCCGCCACCAUUGCCCUGUCGACUGACGAGACAUUGGCCACUGGACUUAACGCACUUGUGGACACAGGAACGCCAAUUACAUAUCUGCCAGCUGAUGCAACAACCCAACUGUACGCCCUAAUCGGGGUUACCAAAUAUGGCAACAGAAAUGUGGUUGCUUGUGAUCGGAUCCCCUCGAUGCCAACGUUGCGAUUCAAUUUCGGAGGUUUCGAGUUACUUCUGGAACCCCGACAAUAUAUCUUCGUUCUCAUAAGGUUGCUGAAAAUCCAUCGACAGCCCACGACCGGUUUCGCCCAAUUUGGGGCUCAUCAGGCAAGCGUAGUCUCCGGUUUCCGUCAACCUUAUGUUCUACUUGAAACCAAAUUGCACGAAAUUAGCGAAUAUACACUCAUUUGCAAACCAAUCUGGUUCUUUCGAGAGACUCACCUGGAACCCAGCUGA